GCGCAUAAAAGUGUACAAUAGUUGGGCGAUAGAAAAGCAAAGGACUUGAUACCAAACCUCAAAAUAGUGAUCUUAUUACCAGAAUCUCCUACACGAACUCCACUUCUACCUCUACAUCCUCAAAAUGUCUACAGUUGGCGACGAUAAUGUUGUUCCAAUCUUCAAAGCUGUUUCGAGUUCUGCGAGACAGCUCUUUCAAUUACUGAAUUGCAUCCGCUUUGCAGCCAAGGUCCACGUUCAAAUUAGCGCAGAAGGUUUACGAUUUGCGGUGGAAGAAUCGAGAGUCAUGCAAGGCAUCGUAUUCCUCGACAAAGCCCUCUUUACCACCUUUCACUGCGUUAUCCCUGAAACCCUGGACGAGGAACCAGAUGUUAUUGAUCUGCCAAACUUCCAAAUCUCCCUUUCCGCCCUUCUCGAAACCCUACAAAUCUUCGGUGCCGCAGAUGUGACGAGUUCCCGAUUCGCAAAGCCUGACAAUGAUGGAUACAACAGCAACAUUAGACCAGGCCGACAAAAUGCAUUCAGCAACCAAGCUCUUGGAAUGGCUGGAAUAUGUCGAUUAUCGUAUGCCGGAAUUGGCUCACCAUUCAGUAUCAUCCUAGAAGAGUCUGGAGUUACAACCACUUGCAAUCUCAAUACCUACGAGCCAGAAAAUCCGCAAGAAAUCCCUUUCCAACGAGAUGCAAUGCAAGUCAAGAUUAUCAUGCAAGCGCGUUGGUUAUUUGAUGCCAUUUCUGAGCUCUCCACCACUUCUCCAAUGCGUCUCGACCUUAUCGCGUUCCCAGAAGCUCCGUACCUCAGCUUAUCAGCCGUUGGACCUCUAGGAAGCGCUAGCGUUGAGUUUGCAAAAGGCAGAGAGCUGUUGGAGACCUUUAGUGUGGCUGAGAAGUGGACUCAGAGUUACAAGUUCGAGAUGAUCAAAGCUGCUGCUGAAGCUAUGAGACUAGCAAGCAAAGUCAGUGUCAGAGGAGAUGAGCAAGGCGUUCUGAGCUUGCAGUUCAUGGUGGAGGUUGAGGGUGGUGGUAUUAGCUUUGUUGAUUUCCGAUUCGUUCCCUUUCUCCGCGAGGAUGAUGAAGACAACGAGGACGCAGAGGACGACGAAGAUGAAUAUGAAAAUGAGGAUGAUGAAUUUGAAUGAUAGCUUGGCUUGCAGCUUCUUAUAGGACUCAGACUUAGCAAAUCAUCAAUCGCGUUCCUACUUCAUGUUGUUCUUGGUGCUGUCUCAUUCAAAAAAGCUUC